AUGGAGAACAAGGUCCAAACAACGUCCGAAGAGGACAUCCGGCGGUGGGUGGACCUGUUGGGAAGCUCAAGUGAAGCGGUGCAGGGUAAAGCUGUCUUAGCCAUCAAGAGUAUCGCAGAUGAGGCCACAAGUCGGAAGACUAUCGGUGCCAUACCAGAAGCCCUUGGUCGCCCGAGCGACGAGGUGCAGGCACUAGCGGCUUGGGCUCUUUGUUAUAUUGCAUACGACAGCGCAAAUAAAAAGGCCAUUGCUGCUGUUCCGGGGUCCCUGGGUCGGUUAGUGGACCUGCUGGGAAGCUCGAGCGACGAGGUGCAGGCACAAGCGGCUGGCGCUCUGCGCAAUCUUGCUUGUGACAGCGCAAACAAAAAGGACAUUGCUGCUAUUUCGGGGGCCCUGGGUCGGUUAGUGGACCUUCUGGGGAGCUCGAGACAGGAUGCACAGGCGUGUGCGGCUGCGGCGCUCGGGAACCUUGCGGGUGACCCAGCAAACCAGGAGGUCAUUGCUGCUGUUCCGGGGGCCGUGAGCCGGUUAGUGGACCUGCUGGAAAGCUCGAGCGAAGAGGUGCGAGGGGCCGCGGCUCUGGCCCUCAAACGUCUUGAGAGAAGUCCUGCGGCUGAAAUGGUCAUCGAUGCUGCCAAGCCCUACUGCUCUACUGCGAUGACGCCGCUGGGUGAUCCAGGUUUGGUAACGGAACAGCAGGCAUCUCGUACGAGCGCCAAAGCAUCCCAGGCCGCAGACGUGGCGCGGGCGACGUUGAUUCUGGAGCAGGCAAAAGUCGAAGCACUCCAGGCAGCAAUCAGAGCGGAGCGAGCCAAAGUUAAAGAGCUUCAGUGGAAGCUGGAGGCGGCGCCAACCGUCGGCGGGAAAUGCUCAUCAGACGGCCAGAACACCACCAACGGGUUGAAUCGGUACACGUUCAAGGAGCUCAGCCAGGCGACCGGGGGUUGGGCGCCGGAGAAUGUACUGGGGGAGGGCGGGUUCGGGAAGGUUUACAAGGGCGUGCUGGAUCACACCGAAGUGGCGAUCAAGGUUAUGACCGGGGAAGGUCUCCAAGGGAGGGAUCAGUUCGAACGAGAAGUGCAGGUACACUGUCGAGUCCGCCACCCAAACAUUGCGAUGCUCUUAGGCACGUGUCUCGAGCCGCAGAUUUGUCUGGCGUAUGACCUGAUGCCAAAUGGCAACCUGGAGGAGCGGCUGCUGCGAACCGGGGGCAGCCCGGCGCUGACGUGGCAGACGCGCGUGCGGAUUGCGGCGGAGGUCGCGGUGGCGCUGCUGUACCUGCACUCCGCGAGGCCCGCCCCGAUCAUCCACCGGGACAUCAAGCCCGCCAACAUCCUCCUGGACCAAAAUCUCGUCAGCAAGCUGGGCGACUUGCUGACCGCGCGCGCACCCCUUGGUCUGCGGAAGGCGGUCUCGCAGGCGUUGGGCUCCGACAGGCUGGAGACGGUUCUCGACGCGUCCGCCGGGGUUUGGCCGCCGGCUGUCGCGGCCGCGCUCGCGCGUCUGGGGCUCCAGUGCACGGAGACGAGCCGCGCGGCACGGCCGAGCCUGCGAACGGAGGUUGUGCCGACACUAGUUGGGCUGAGAUCGCAGACGCUCAGUCCGACUGCCGAAGCGACCGGGCAGUCUGCGGGAGACGAAGUACCGCACAGAUUCAUCUGCCCCAUCUCCCAGGACGUCAUGGAGGAGCCCGUGCUGGCCGCCGACGGCAACCACUACGACCGCAGUUUCAUCGCGAAAUGGCUGGAGACCCACACCACGUCCCCGCUGACCAACCUAGACUUCGAGCACCGAAACUUGGUGCUGGAUCGGGCUCUCUUGAACGAGAUCAGAGAGUGGAAACAGUUGCACGCGGAAUCUGUUUGA